UAAGUUGGUUUACCGGUUGAAUAAGAAAAUGGAAAUCAUUUCCAAGUCGUCCUUCCUUCAAUCAAAUUAACUAGUGCAAAUGAAGAACCUUAACACAACGGAGAAGAUAAAAACAUUAGCGAUGGUAAGCAUCUUAUUAUUAUUAUUAUUAGGGCAUCAUAGCAAGGCUUAUGAAUCACCAGAUUACACCGUCAUCCAUUCCGAUUCCGAUUUUGAGAUCAGAUUGUAUGAACCAUCCGUCUGGAUGACCGCUCCCGUCAAACAAACUAACUUCCGUCAAGCUACUAACAAUGGCUUCCAUAGGUUGUUUCAAUAUAUCGAAGGUGCGAAUCUGAACAAUUCUCGGGUAUCAAUGACUGUGCCCGUGUUAACAAGCCUUGUCCCAGGACUUGACUCAUCAGCAUACAUAGUUCAAUUCUACCUGCCUGCUAACUUCCAAGCGACGCCUCCACUUCCUCUUCCUGAACUUAACCUCAAACCCGAUUCAUGGCCUACCACUUGCAAAGCAGUCCGCCAGUUCUCUGGUUUUGCCAGAGAGAAGAAUACAGUUAAAGAGGUUGAGAAGCUAACCACCAGCUUAAGCGGGUCACAAUAUUCUACUUCUUCCUCUAGUGAGUUUGCAUACUCAAUUGCACAAUAUAACUCCCCGUUGAAGUUCUUUGGCAGAGUAAAUGAAGUUUGGAUGGAUGUUGAGGGUUGUGAAUCUAAUAACGUAGCUGCUUAUUAGACCUUUGGGCGGGUUUCGCUUAGCUUUUUGAUAAGCUGGCUCAUGUUAACUUACACCACUAGGUUAGUACUUAAUACCACCUGGCUUGUAACUUGUUUCUGUUUCGUUUGUAAUUACUUGUAUAGUGAAAUAAUAUCAAUGUCCAGGCUGUUGAACGUAUCUUACCUAAUGCACAAAGUUCCUGCAA